AUGUCGCGUGUUGCAACCAAUCUGCCUACAGCGCGUCCUAGAAAUGGUGUUGUUCUAUCAGCAAAACCAGUUUCAAGUCGCUCUUCAAGUAAUACAAGUUCAAACGGUAUCGUUAGCGAUGGACGUGGUUUUAACAUUCGAAGUGCUGCACCGCCACCAGUACAAAAAGAAACUGUCCAUGCUUGUCCAUUAUGCAAUAGUGAAUAUAAAGAUCCACGCGUAUUACCUUGUACGCAUACAUAUUGUUUUAAUUGUAUUCGCGAUAAAUUAAUAAAAAAUAGCCGCAUUACAUGCCCGAAAUGUCACUAUCAAGCUCAUCCAUUUGACGAAGUACAAUUACAUGACUUGCCACCAAAUCUUAUCUUAAGUCAGAAAUGGCGUAUAGGUGCCCGUCCUAUACCAUCCAUGCCCAUGCCUAAAAAUCCAGUUACUUAUCAAACAAUUAUUUCUGCAUCGGCACCGCUAUCAAAUAUAUCGUCAACACCGCUGCCACAACAACCACAGAAACAAGAUAGAAAUAAAUCGAUUACAAUUGAAAAUAAUGAACAUGACAAAUCAACUAAUGAUGUAAAUUUGCCUGGUGUAGCAUCGAUUGUCAAUGCAUUUAAUCAAUCAUCUGGUAUAGGAAGCAGUGGUAAUCAAUCAGGACGUGCAUCUAAUGUAUCAAAUACACAGCCAGUUGUUUCAAAUUUAAUAAAAAUUUAUUCCGAAGCAAAAACAUUAAAACCACAACAAAAUGAAAAUGUUGUAUCACCAGGUAAACAUGAUGAAUUAACAAAAAUUUUCCAACAAAUAAUCAAUCAAAGUCAAAAUCAACAACAACAAAACCAAACACCUUCACCACGGAAUGAUAAAGAACAAUCGCAUGCAUAUGAAGAAGUUUAUGAAGAAAUAACAUGGGAUAAUCUUCCACAAGGAACAACUCCAAUUGCUCCACCGUUUCCUGAACAAUUACAAACUGCUACUGUUAAUCAUCAUAAUCCUCCUUACUCACCUGAACAACCAAUGUCCACUGCUUCAUCAGAUCAUCAGGCUACUAUUGAUAAUCUUCGCGAUAUUUUCACGGCUAUUCAUCAACAAUCACCUGAAAAAGGUUCAUCAUUUCAACAAACUCCAAAUUCAGAUGCACAACUCAAUAGUCGUUUACCAACACCAUCUCGUAUGUACAAUGGUGAUGACGACGAUAUCAAUCUUAACAGUCAUACAAGUCUACAUCAAAACUUGAAUACAACACAUGCGAAAUCACAACAUACUCGUCAAGCCAGCAAUACUGAUAGUAUUCAUAGUCUUACUAGUGAAACAAUGUCUAAACAAUCAGCAAUUUCACCGACAACUAAUAAUAAUAAUAAUAAUCAACAGAGAUAUAAUGAUGCAUUUACAUAUCAACAUCAAGAUGAUAAAGUAUCAAAUCGUACAGUUUCGGCGAGUACAUUGUCAAGAAAUUCAUUGGAUCCUUUUCCGCCGCCUCCACAAAAUCUUGAAGCAUUUGAUACCACUAAUAGUGAUGUAGUUAAACAACGGCCAUCAUCUGUUAUGUCAUCCCGUUCGUUUGUUAACGACGCUGCUAAUGAACAAAUGACUACAACACAAUAUAAAUUACUAAGAAACGAACGUACUAAUUCUAAUACUGAUAUUUCACCAAAUGUUCAACGAAAUAAUUCUUCUCGCUUUGGUAACGAUUCUUCCAUAUCAAUAAAUCGUCAAUCUACAACAUCGAUUGAUCGCAAUAUAAAUAAUGAUCGUCAAGAAGAAAAUUAUUCAUCGCCAAGAUCAUCACCGCCAUCAUCAUUAUUGCCGACUGUUGUCACAUCUCGCGUGGACAUUUUAUUGUCUGAUCAAAAACGUUUAGAACGUGAAAUCGAAGAGCAAAUACGACGUUUAAAAUAUGAUUAUGAUGAUGUACGUAAACAAAUCGAUCGUAAAGAAUCUUCAAUACAUAAUGAAGUUAAAAAUAUAGCAGCACGUCUUGAUAAUGAUAUCACAGAGCAUUAUUAUCGUAAACAACAAAUUUAUGCUGAUUUAGCUGCUGAUACAAAUACAGUUGGAACAGAAUUAGAACGUUUGAAAUCGAAUGCAAGUAAUAAUAAACAACAACUAUGGGACAAUCUUGAACAAAUCGAAUCAAAUAUACGAACUAUUCGACAAGCUGUUGAACAUCAAAAAGAACCGCAUGUUGCUUUAACAUUUGCUGAAGGACGUCGUGCUAUAGCUGCUGAUACAAUUGGACAGAUAACCUAUAGUUGUGUUGAACCACGUGAAAAUCAUACGUCAUCGCCAAGUCAACGAAUGACGACAUCUCCCUCAUGUCAAAACGAGCAAACAGUUACAAAUCUCACACCAUUUAAAUAUUUUAAAAUAGAUCAUUUAUCAACACUAGAACCUGAAGCAAUUGCUAUAACAGAAAAUAACAAAAAGAUUUUACUGGGCAUAUGUAAUAAACUAUUUAUAUUUAAUGAAUAUGGCGAUCCAUUGAAAACAAUACAAUUAACACCGAGUAUACGUGGCAUAGCUAUAUCAAAAAAAUAUCAAUCGAAUAAUUUAGCUUAUGUAUCACAUGGUGAUAUUGUUAGUAUGAUUGAUAUCGAUACGGGGAAAACAUUAGAUUGUGUCAAAGAAACUGAUUCAUCUGGAGAAUCCGGUACAUUUUUACCGUUAGGUAUCGAUACAGAUAAUAUUGAUGGCAAUGUUUAUGUAUGCGAUUACCGAAAUUCAUGUGUUAUUAAAUUUGACGAUAAAUUAGAAUUUAUUACACAAUGGAGAAUUUAUAACCAUUCAGAUCAAUACGACGAAGCUCGACCGAAAUUAAUAUCUGCUUACGGACAACGUUUAUAUAUAAUUAUUGAACAUUCAUGUAAACCUUAUUACAAUCAAGGUAUUGCUUAUACAUUUUCAUUACAUAUUUGUGAUACUAUUUCUGGUAAUAUAAUAAAAAUAAUCGAUGCCGAAUUACUAUCAACUGAACGACUUCGUUGGCCAUGUUCAGUACAAGCAAUAAAUAAUGAUAAAUGUUACAUAUUAGAUACAAUGACAUCAGGAAAAUAUUUUAAUGGUCAAUGGCAAAAACAUUGGUCACGUGUACUUGAAAUAGGACAAGAUAAUUCACAUAUUAUUACAGAAUUAUUUCAAUUAGACAGUGAAGCAGCUGCAAUGACUAUGACCAAACAAACCAUGAUUAUAGCUGCUAAUGGUGAAAUACUUUUCGUUGAUUUAGGUUUUCUUCAAAAGCAGCAACAAAGAUCUUUGGAUAAAAAUUAUCAAAACUAA